UGCAGCGCUUGCCCUCUUCCCCUCUGAGCCCAGAGAGAGAGGAACAGAGGAAGCAGGGAAGGCUGGCUGGCCCUGCUCCUCACUUCUUCUUCCGCCCUUCUCCGGAGCAGAAACUAACUCUGGAGAAUCAGAAGACACUCAGGUAACCAUUUGCUACUGUCUCUUCAGUGCUCUCUCAACCUUCAAGAUGAAAAAACAGAGCCUAAAUCAAAUUUCCUCUACUUCCAUCAUGAAAGAUGUGAACCCUGACCUUGCCGUAGAAAGACAAAAUCCUUCUUUUGAUGUAGAGAGGCUUACCAAUAUACUAGAUGGAGGUGCUGAGAAAACACAGAUCCGACGGACAGUUGACACCUGGAUUCAGAAUGACCCAGAACUUAGCAGGGAAAAUCAAUACUUUCAGAGCCAGAAUGAACGAUAUGAAGACGGUAUCAGGAAGUCAUUGUACCUUGCCAAAAAGAUGGAUGAAAUGGGAUGGGUUGAAGGUGGACCUCAUCGGGAUUACUGUGUUAGAACUUUUUCUUCUGAUUUGGCAUUUAACGUGCACCAAGUCUUUGUGAAGAGCAUUUUGGGUUUGGGCACAGAUGAACAGAUUGCCAAGUGGGUCCCCUUAGCACAAAAGUUUUACAUCGCAGGAACCUAUGCCCAAACAGAAAUGGGACAUGGAACGUAUCUUCGGGGAUUGGAGACGACUGCCACUUUUGAUGUUGCCACUCAGGAAUUUAUUCUCAACACCCCAACCCUCUCUGCUAUGAAGUGGUGGCCAGGAGACUUGGGAAGAACAGCAACUCACGCUGUGGUUUUUGCUCAGCUUUACCUCAAUGGAAAGUCCUACGGCAUGCAUCCAUUCCUAAUGCAGAUCCGCAGCCUCCGAGAUCAUACUCCUUUACCAGGAGUAACGGUCGGGGAUAUUGGUCCCAAAAUGAACUUUGAGAAUGUUGACAAUGGCUUCCUUGUGCUGAAAAAUGUUCGGGUCCCAAGAGAAAACAUGUUGGCCAGAUUCUCCCAGGUCCUGCCAGAUGGUCAGUAUAAAAAACAAGGGACUGACAAGAUUAACUACUUGACUAUGAUAGUGGUUCGUGUAUUCAUCCUUCGGAAGGAAGUUAUUACAACUCUGAUGAAGGCAUGCACCAUUGCAAUCCGAUAUUCUGCAGUACGCCGUCAGUCAGAGUUAAAGCCUGGAGACCCGGAGGCAAAGAUUCUUGACUAUCAAACUCAGCAACAGAAGCUCCUGCCUCAGCUGGCAACUGCCUAUGCCUUUCACUUUCUUAGCAAUUACCUACAGGAGGUUUUUGAUAAAGCCUACACAGAAACUAAAGAAGGAAAGUUUGACCAGCUUCCAGAGCUUCAUGCUCUUGCUUCGGGCAUUAAAGUGAUAGCUACAGAGUACAGCUCAUCUGGUGUGGAGGUGUGUCGAAAGGCUUGCGGAGGACAUGGAUACUCUCUUCUUAGCGGACUUCCUUCCCUGUACACUAGACUGGUUGCCUCGUGCACCUACGAGGGUGAAAACACUGUACUCCUCUUGCAGACAGCCAGGUUCCUGAUAAAAUGCCUUGGGAUGGCACAAAAAGGCCAGCCUAUCCCUUCAUCAGUUGCCUACCUAUCCUCCAAAAACUUUGGAAAAUGCCAAGCCUGGAAAAAAGGAGAUUUUCUAAACCCUGAUGUUUACAUUGACGCUUACCGACAAAGAGCCUUCAGGAUGGUACAGAGUGCCGCAAGCAAGCUCCAGAGUCUGGUUCAAUCAGGAAUUGCACUACAUGAAGCAUGGAACAGCUGCUCUGUCCAGUUGGCAUGGGCUGCUAUGGCCCACAUUCACUACAUUGUGGUGGAACAGUUUGUCAAAGCCCUGCAGAGCUAUGAAGGAGAAGCUGACAUCCACAGGAUCCUGAAACAUCUCUGUGACCUCUUUGCACUGCAUGGGAUGUAUCUGAAUAUGGGAGAUUUUAUGCAGGAUGGAUACCUCUCCACAGAGCAAGUUGCCAUGGUGACUGAAUCAUACUUGGAUCUCCUGCCUGUCAUUCGGAGAGAUGCUGUUCCAUUAGUGGAUGUGUUUGACUUCUCUGAUGUAAGCUUAAAUUCGGCCCUCGGAAGCUAUGACGGCCGUGUCUAUGAGCACCUUUAUGAGUGGGCCAAGAAGUCCCCAACCAAUAAUCAGGACAAGAGGGUCUUUGAAACCUAUUUGAAGCCACUUUUCAAGAAUGCCCUGUCAAAGUUAUGAAAGAGGAGAAUGCAACAAGGACACCUCCUUUUCCUGAUGCCCAACUCCAACUCAUAAAAUGCAAUAACAGGGUGUUUUGUUUGACCAGCCAUACUUGCCAGAACAUGAGGUGUUCUGGCAAGCAGGAUCCAGCUAACUUCUGGGCUGGAACCAUUGAAUUUAAAGGUUUUUUCUACAAUGCACAGCAAUAGCUGCCUACAGUCUGUGGGCAGCCCAGUCUCAAUUGUAGGAUCUCACAUCAAACAUCCAGGCAUCCCCUGGUCAACAUUCUUGCAGACAGCCAGUUCUCUCACACCAGAAGCGACUUGCAGGUUCUCAAGUCACUCCUGACACACCCAAAAAAUCAGUCUUAGGUCUAAGGCACCAGGAAUGUCUCUGUGGGAGAAGUGGAGGGCUGUAGCCCACCUUCCCAUC